CUGCUCCCCGGCGAAGCGCCAGAGGAGCAGGACGCAGCGAUCUGCUGAGCUGAUAGUCUGUGGAGAACAGAACAGGACACAAUGCACAAGAGAAGGACCUCCAGUGUUUCCAUCUACUGCCUCUCUCUGCUGCUGCUGCUGCUGCUGCUGCGGUCCUCUACAGCCAAACCCGCGUCCGGUCCACAGGUGAGCCCUUCGCAGAGCUUAAAGCAGCUUUUGGAGCAGGAGGUCCUCAGUGCACCGUUUGAUUCCUCGGAGGAGAUGGAUGGAGGGAUGGAGGCGAAGGACGGAAACCAGUCGGAGUUCGGAGCUCCAGAGAAGCUUCCCUGGGACUCUUCGGACCGCAGCAACUCGGGACUGGCCGCCGAAGACAACUUGGUCGCGCGUCUCCUCAAAGACCUCCUGCGGACCUCCAAGCGCUCGUCGAGCCGCUACAAGAAGGGAGGGCUGAGGAGCUGCUUCGGCGUCCGCCUGGAGAGGAUCGGCUCCUUCAGCGGACUGGGCUGCUGAGAUGAGCUGGAAUGGAACAAGAGGUCUAUAGUGACAAUUAUAGCUUACAUGGUAGAAGACGUACACAUGUCAGUGUUUGAUGACGUAUAUAUUUAUUGACAUAUUUUCAGAUUAAGCAUAAAGGAGCACAAAAGUCCAAAGCAGAGCCUGUUCAAAUGUAACAGUAAAACCGAGAGGCUUAAGAAAAGCUUUAUCAUAAGUGUUUAACUGUAUUUCAGGAGAAUAAGAAUAAAAAAUGAAUGUGUAUUUGUCAGUGAAUAACAUGUAUUCAUAUAUACAUAAUAUUCCAUGUCAGUCACAUCUCCUGUGGGAAAGGUUCACUGUGUGUGUGUGUGUGUGUGUGUGUGUGUGUGUGUGUGUGUGUGUGUGUGUGUGUGUGUGUGUGUGUGUGUGUGUGUGUGUGUGUGUGUGUGUGUGUGUGUGUGUGUGUGUGUGUGACCAUGACCAAAAUGGGGCUCUUACUCUCACAAACCUUUGACUGAGUCUUUAAUGUCCAUGGUUCUCAUUCAGAACUGUGAUUUCUUUUUCUAAUGGCUGUUGAAUACACUCAAUUAUUGCAAACUUAUUUAUCUUUAUUUCUUGUUGGAUAAAAUAGAUUCCCCUUGUUAUAUUCUAGUAAAAUGAUUAUUUUGCCAAUAA